UAGGCCACUAUUUUGAUGACUGCCCUGGGACAAAGGGCUCAUCAUGGGUGAUGGUAAUUACAAGUGACCAGGACAAUACGCUCGCGUAUGGAGGAACUAAUACAAUGUGAAGACACAUUUAUACAAAUAAAGCAUUUACCCCUCCUCCUCCUACACCAGCCUCUUCUUCUUCACGAAUGGCUGAGUGAAAACAGCCCAUGUCAUGUGUCGGGUGCAAGGAUGGGGGGACCAAAACAGAAUCAUAAUACGUCCAUGCAGAUCAAUCCUCAGUGCAGAAAGUACGCAAUUUUCUUUCACAUACCGUACGUAGGAGUUAUCAACUACAAUCUCCUUUGCCCUCGCUAUCCUUAAUGUUAGGGUAGAAAUGACUGUUACUAGUUUGAUGCAGUGUUUAAUGACAAUGCUAAGUCCAAUUGCUCUUACACUGACCACUACCUCUUAAUUUCUGGUGAGUACAUUGUCUGUACUCACUCAUUAUCAAACUCUUUCUGUCAACUAGUCACCCUCUUAUCACUUAUUAUUACAGAAUCUACUGUUCUACACAUUGACAUUAUGAUUACUAGUCUGAAGCAAUGAAUAGACAAUGUAAGUUUGCUGUUAUGCAAAGACCCAGUGCAUGUUUUCCCAAAUAUGAAUAUAUGGCAAACUACUAUGUUGUUUGUUUUCAUGAACUAAUGUGGCUCUUUCAUAAAUGUUGUCUACUCUGCAGUAGUGCAUGUUCACGUUGUUAUGACUAGUCUAAAGGCAUGAAUAGAACAUUUAAGCCCAGGGGCAUUGUAUUUUAUUCCCAUACCUCACAAGGGUUACAGGUAAACUACUAUGUUCUUUGUUCUUGCGGGGUUAUAAACUCAUACGGCUCGUUUAUUAUCUUUAACGUUAUCUACUCCGCAGCAGUGCCUGCACUUCACUUUCCUCGCAUGCCAAAAGGUCAUUCCGCAAUUGUUUACCUCGUCCCUGUACUACUAACUUCCUUCUCCCUUUUCACAAGAAAGAGAAGUAACUCUUGAAAUUUGAUGAAAAAAAAGACACAAAAAGUUGAGCGCGGACUACCUGCCAUAAACGCGCGGUUGCUGAGUGUGAGCGAACGGGUGCUUUCACGAGUACUCGUAAAUUAGAGCAUCAUGCGACCGAGUGAUCGGGGCUUGAGUGGUUCAUGUGAAUAGUGGUGAUGGGGUAAUCAUCGGUAUGUAGCAAAUGUUAAAUAGAGUCUGCAUUAUUAACCAAGUCGAGUGAGUGUAAAGACUGUAAAGUGUAACGUUGCUACAGUGUCUUAAGACGGGAAGUGAACGUACAGCGCAUGCGUACUAUGUAGAGCGCCAAUUUUAGCGGGGCUCUGCCAUGGGGGCCGGCGUGUGGCGGUGGGAGGAGGAGCUCGUAGUAGAGGCUUACUGGAGUUUAAAUUAAUGUCAACCUGACUGCUUGCCGGUAGAACAAACCCGGCGCGGAUAGUGAAAGCAGGAGCGGAUAGAAGCAGCUUUUGUGAGGCAGCACACCGGAGGAAGUGACUGACAUGACUCGGCGGCCGAGGAACAGUGUUUACAGCAGCGAGGAGGAUGAGGAGGAGACUGAGAUGUACGAUCACGAUUACGACGGCUCGAUGGCAAAGCCCGGUAAACGCCACCUUGGGAAAACGCGCUGGACACGGGAGGAGGAUGAGAAGUUGAAGAAGCUGGUUGAGCUUCACGGAUCAGAAGACUGGAAAGUCAUCGCAAGUUUACUAUCCAACCGUACAGAUGUGCAGUGCCAGCACAGAUGGCAAAAGGUUCUCAACCCAGAGCUAAUCAAAGGACCCUGGACCAAAGAAGAAGACCAGCGGGUGAUAGAGCUGGUUCAAAAGUACGGUGCCAAGCGUUGGUCGGUCAUCGCCAAGCACCUGAAGGGCCGCAUCGGCAAGCAGUGCCGCGAGCGAUGGCACAACCACCUCAACCCGGAGGUGAAGAAGACCUCAUGGACCGAAGAGGAGGACCGCAUCAUCUACCAGGCGCAUGAGAAGCUGGGCAACCGCUGGGCCGAGAUCGCUAAGCUGCUCCCUGGCAGGACCGACAACGCCAUCAAGAACCACUGGAACUCCACCAUGAGGCGCAAGGUGGAGCAGGAGGGCUACCUGCAGAGCGCGGCCAAGGGCGCCGGCUCGCCGCUCUCGGUCGGCCACGGCUACGCCAAGCCCAGCGCCCACCUCAUGGCUUUCCCGCACCACUCACCCAAUCACACGCAGCUGCCUGCCGCGUCGCCGCUCAGCUACACAUACAUGUCAGACACGCAGAGAGUGCCCUUCCCUUUGGCCUUGCACUUCCUGAGCAUCCCCCAGCACAGAACCGCCGCUAAACAGAGACACUACGGUGAGGAGGACCCUGACAAGGAGAAGAGGGUGAAAGAGAUCGAACUGCUGCUCAUGUCGACAGAGAACGAGCUGAGAGGCCAGCCAUCACUACCAAUCAACUUGCCUUAUCCAAGCUGGGCCAGCCAGAGCCCGUUGACCCACACCUUAGAGGGCGUGACCAUGUCAUUACCUCAUCACCAGGCCGCCGCCCCGGCCCUGCCCUUGGACCAGAGUUGCCUGCCAGAGGAGAGCGCCUCUGCUUCGCCUGCCCACGGCGACAGCAACGAUGACAACAAUGCAACGUUCUCCAGUGCAAUGCCGGAGUUCAUGGAGUCUGUCCUUGACUCAUUUCUCAACCAGUCCAUGAGUCCAGAACACUCGGACAGCGAACACCUUCCACUGAGCUCGCCCGUGGACGCCAAGCCCCUCACGGACAACGCCGUCAGACCUCAGAAGGAGAAUGACAUGUUCAGAACUCCUAACAUGCGCCGUUCCAUCCUGGAGUCGUCACCUCGCACGCCCACGCCUUUCAGGUCCGCCCUAGCCCUGCAGGAGGCCAAGUAUGGGCCGCUCAAGAUGCUGAAUGCUCCUUUGGAUCAGCAGCGAGUGGACGCCAUCAAGCAGGAGCCGAUGGAGUGCGCCAUUGAGCAGCCGCCUCUGAAGAAGAUCAAACAAGAGGUGGAGUCUCCAUGUGAGAGGAGUCCAUACAUGCAGUGUGAAGGACAAGACCUUCACACGCAGCUCUUCUCGCCAAAUGGCGCUGCACAGGAAGUACCAGACUUGAUUACAAGCUCGUUACUGAGCGAAGAUGCACACAAAACCUACCACCUCCCUCUCAGGGCCACCGACAGCCAGCUACCGCCGCUCAGCUCCUGGGGCAAAGCGGAGGAGCACGUCCUGGCGGCCGAGCAGAGCCACAAGUACAUCAACACCUUCCCGACGAGGACGCUGGUCGUGUAGACGUCACAUGAUGAUGGUCAUAUUUGUUGUGGUACAACAGUUGGGAGCGGCUCCACCACUGGUCAGCCAACCGAAGACUAUAUAUUAUUUUCAUAUGUAGACAAUUGCUUUGGUUGUUUUUUUUACUACGUGUUUGCAUCAUAAAAGGGGGUAGCUACAUCUUUGGCAUCGGGCUGUAUUGUUAAUUCUGAAUUUCUGAUAUUAAUAUAAAGAACAAGCUGAUUAAUUUAUUUGCUUUUUGAAAUGUUUUUGUUUUUAACAAUUGGCCAAUGGAGCAGUGUUGGAAGAUAAAGAAAGUAUUUAAGCCCUCUUAGCAUUAUCCAGUGGCAUCUUCAUGCAUCGAAAACUGACCUGUUUGCUUUCUUUUAUCAUUAUUAUUAUUAUUAUUCGUUUGUUUUCAAAAGGCUGUAACGGGUCUACUGAAAAUUUCAAGUGUUUGGUGCGUGUGCCAACGUAAAACACUUAAAACUACUGAACAAGCUGUAUAGUAUAUCAGUCACGUUUUACGCAGCAGAAAGGGACAACCUUCCUAGUAUUAACCGUUUACCACGUUGUCACCUUUUUCAACUUCAUGCAUUCCAUGAACAAACAUUUGAAAUGGAAACAAUGGAUGUAUCGAUACAGCAUAUCCACGUUUGUUUGUUUAGCAAAUGAGCUCAACUGUGUGAAACCACAAGCUUCAUCCAGACAUCAAAAUGCACUUGAAUUUUCUCCAUUUUAAAGGAAAAAAACAAAGAGUACUAAACACUGAUAUUGUAUGAAAAGCCUGGCAACGACUGUGCAUGGUAUGUUGCCCGUGUUGUUUUUGAUCAUUUCUUUGAAUAGUUUUGUGUAUUCAAUCAGCAUUUUAUUUUCUUUACUGUGACUGCAGUAGCCCAUUUCAAACACUUAGGCAGUCAUUUUGUUUUUUUAUUUAAAAAAAAAAAAAGAAAGAAAAAUACAUUUUUUAUACCUGGUUUCAUACUAGCUUGUGUGCUAAAAUGAUUGUUUAUGAAAGCAUUUAUCAGCCAAGUUUUCACAUUUUUUAUACUUUUCUAUACUGCCUAGUAAAUAAAGUGUGUUGUUUUUA